UCGAAAAAAACAAAAAUGUCAUCAUAUUCAACAACAUCUACUAUCAGUAAUGGUAGUAGAUGUUGUUAUUAUAAUUAUUCAUCAUCAUCAUCAUCAUUAUCAACAAAAUUAUCGAUCAAUUAUCGAUCGUUUGGUUUAUCGAGAUUGAUUCACCUAUUUAUUGUGUUCUUUUUUCUAUUCUUGUCAUUAACAUUAUGCCAAAGGUAUCCUGAUCGAAGUAACCAAAGAGAAUAUGAUGAAUAUGAUCGUAAUGCUAGACAACAAAAUGUUGGCUAUAAUUCUAGACCGUAUUCGCAUGAUGUUUCAUAUUUUAAAUUGAAUGAAACAUCAUCAUCAUCAUCGACUACAAAUAAUAUUGAUAAUAAUAAUCAUGAUGAUUCACAAAGACCAGUUCCAGUGAACGGUCAUCGUACAUCACCAUAUGAAUGGUCACGUAAUGGUUAUCGAUCCCAAUCCCAAUCCCAAUCACCGCCAACGUCUUCGAAUCAUCGAAAUUAUUAUGAAUCAACUUAUCAACAUAAAAGUCGUAUAACCGAUCAUGAUAACCGUCAACAAAAGAUUAUAUCGUCACCAAAUCGACCGCCAACAUUAGAUGGCGGUAAACAUAUGCCCGGUCCAUUUAUAUGGUAUAAUGAUACAUUUCAUUGGGCUGAAAAUCGUUCUCGUGGUUAUGAUCCAGAUUUGGAUGGUCCAACACAUGCUCCACCAUCAUUAUCAACAACCGAACCAACAUUCGAUGAAGAAGAAUGGGAUGGUAGUGAUUUUCGUAAUCGACCAAAAUUUGAUGAUCGUCAUCCGAUGGCGAUUUAUCCAUCAGGUCGUUGUGAUGAUUUUCAAGCUUGUUAUCCGGCAACCGGUAACCUAUUGAUUGGUCGUGAAGAACGACUGAAAGCAUCAUCCACGUGUGGCUUACGACAACAGAUUCGUUAUUGUGUGGUUAGUCAUUUGAAAGAGAAGAAAAAAUGUUUUUAUUGUGAUUCGAGAGAUCGUUUCAAAGGAACAGCUCGUUAUCAUGGUAUUGAAAAUGUUGUAUCACGUGUUGGCCAAAAACGACGACAAUUUUGGUGGCAAGCCGAGAAUGGUGUUGAAAAUGUAUUCAUUCAAUUCGAUUUGGAAGCAGAAUUUCAUUUCACUCAUUUGGUUAUGACAUUCAAAACUUUUCGUCCGGCUGCAAUGUUGAUUGAACGCUCACAUGAUUUUGGUCGUACAUGGAAAGUUUAUCAAUAUUUUGCUUAUGAUUGUGCGGCAUCAUUUCCAGGCAUACCACUGGGUCCACGUAAUCGCAUUACUGAUUUGGUUUGUGAUUCAAGAUAUUCAAAUGUCGAACCAUCAACUGAAGGUGAAGUUAUAUUCCGUGUCCUACCGCCCAACAUUCAUAUCGAAGAUCCAUACUCGAAAGAAGUACAAGAUAUGUUGAAAAUUACUAAUUUACGUAUCAAUUUCACACAAUUACAUACAUUGGGUGAUAAUCUAUUGGAUCCACGAGUGGAAGUAAAAGAAAAAUAUUAUUAUGCUAUAUAUGAUAUGGUUGUACGUGGUUCGUGUUCAUGUUAUGGACAUGCAAGUCGUUGUAUUCCAAGUAAUCAUGAAACAAUACCGGAUAUGGUUUAUGGACGUUGUGAAUGUACGCAUCAUACAAAAGGUCUUAAUUGUGAACUUUGUGAAGAUCUCUAUAAUGAUUUAGAAUGGAAACCGGCUAUCGGUCGACAAACCAAUGCCUGUAAAAAAUGUGAAUGUAAUAAUCAUGCAAGUCGUUGUCAUUUUGAUAUGGCCGUAUAUCAGGCGAGUAAUAAUAUUAGUGGUGGUGUUUGUGAUGAUUGUCAACAUAAUACAAUGGGUGUUCAUUGCGAACGUUGUCGGCCAUCAUUUUUUCGUGAUCCAAAUCGUCGUCUUGAUGAUCCUUAUGUUUGUCAACAAUGUGAUUGUGAUCCACGUGGUUCGAAGGAAGAAGGCAAUUGCGAUCCAUAUACUGAUGCUGGUUUAGGUCUUGAAUCAGGUCGUUGCAGUUGUAAGAAAAAUGUGGAAGGUCGUCGUUGUGAUCAUUGUAAACCUGGUUUCUGGAAUCUACAUGAAAUCAAUCCAGAUGGUUGUGAAUCAUGUAGCUGUAAUCAAAUGGGAACUGUUGGUAAUCAUGGUUGUAAUGUUAAUACUGGUGAAUGUGUUUGCAAACGUAAUGUUGUUGGUCGUGAUUGUAAUCAAUGUGCGCCAAAUUAUUAUGGUCUGGGUGUUGAUGAAGAAGGUUGUAAAUUUUGUGAUUGUGAUCCAGGUGGAUCAUAUUCACCGGAUUGUGAUCAAACAACUGGACAAUGUAAUUGUCGUCCACAUGUUACCGGACGACGUUGUGAUCAGCCUGAACCUGGUUAUUUUGUGCCAUUACCAGAUUUUAUUACAUUUGAAGCUGAAGACGCUAAAACAAUACAAGGUUCACCAAUUGUAACGCCAAGAAAUUAUGAUGAACGAAUACAUUGGACUGGUGAAGGUUUUAAUCGUUUACCACCAUAUUCAGGAAUUGAAUUUCCAAUCGAUUAUGUACCUAGUUCAAAAUAUUAUGAUGCAGUUGUGCGUUAUGAACCAGAAACUUCGGGUAAUUUUAAAAAUGCUCAAUUAAUGAUCAAACGUCCAUAUGGUAUUGAUCCAUAUGGACCAUGUGGAAAUUAUUCAACAACCAAUGAUAUUCGUCAAAUUAGUUUAUUAUCAAAUGAACGUACUGCUAUUGUUGAUUCAAUAUGUUUGGAAAAAGGACAACGUUAUCAAAUGGAAUUGAAUACUAAUGAAUUUGAUCGACCUGCAUUCGAUCAAAGUCCUUCGAUUCUAAUCGAUUCGAUUACCUUGAUUCCGAAAGCAAAUGAUAUACCAUUUUUAAGCGGAACUCCAGAAAAUCAACGAAAACAAUAUGAAUUUGAACAUCGUUGUCUGAUGCCAUAUUAUAGUUUCAAUCGUCAACCUGAUGUUGAUGAAUUUUGUCGCAAAUCAUUGAUGAGUACUGGAUUCUAUACAUUUGAUGGUGCACAACCAUGUAGUUGUAAUCCAACCGGAUCAUAUAGCGCGGAUUGUCAACAAUUGGGUGGUCUUUGUCAAUGUAAACAAUAUGUAUCACCACGUACAUGUGAUCGUUGUCAUGUUGGUUAUUAUGGUUUUGGACCGGAUGGUUGUAAACCAUGUGAUUGUCAUCGUGUUGGUGCAUUAGAUUCGGAAUGUGAUCCAAUUACUGGUCAAUGUAAUUGUCGACCCGAAACAUAUGGCCGUCAAUGUGAUGAAUGUCAACCAGGCUAUUGGAAUUAUCCAAAUUGUCAACGUUGUGAUUGUAAUGGUAUGUCCGAUAUGUGUGAUUCGAAAACAGGAAGCUGUAUUGAUUGUCGAGAUAAUACUGCUGGACAUCAUUGUGAUGAAUGUGCUGCUGGAUAUUAUGGUGACCCAUUAGGUCGAUUGACCGGAAUGGUUGUUCCUUGUCGUCCUUGUCCUUGUCCAGGUGUUGAAGAUUCUGGAAUGUCACAUGCCCAUACCUGUCAAUUAGAUCCGCGUACACAGAAUGUUAUCUGUCAUUGUCAUCCGGGUUAUGCUGGUGAACGAUGUGAUCAUUGUGAUGAAAAUUAUUUUGGUGAACCAAAUAUCCCGGGUGGUCAAUGUUCUGCUUGUAAUUGUAGCGGUAAUACGGAUAUUAGUCAACCGGGUAAUUGUGAUCCAAAAACUGGUGAAUGUCUUCGUUGCUUAUACAAUACUGGUGGAUCAAAUUGUGAAGUAUGCAGACCAGGCUAUUUUGGAAAUGCAUUGGAUCAUUCUUGUGCCGAAUGUGUUUGUCAUCAUUUGGGGACUGAUCCAAGAUCGGCAUUCUGUAAUCAAACUACCGGACAAUGUUCAUGUUUGCCUAAUGUUGAAGGCAUAUCCUGCAAUCGUUGUGCCGAUAAUCACUGGAAUCUUACUUCGCAACAAGGCUGUGAACCAUGUGAUUGUGAUCCACAAGGAUCAUUAUCAAUGAAAUGUAAUGAAAUCGACGGACAAUGUCAUUGUAAAUCCACAUUUGGUGGACGUGCCUGUAAUGAAUGUUUACCAAAUCAUUAUGGUAAUCCCAGACUUCAUUGUAAACUUUGUGAAUGUAAUUCUGCCGGAUCAAGUAGCAUGCAGUGUCAUAAAACAACUGGUGAUUGUGUUUGUAUUGAUGGGAUAUCAGGUGCAAAAUGUGACCGUUGUGCACGGGGUUUUACCGGUAUGGUACCAUAUUGUGAAGCUUGUGGUGAAUGCUUUGAAAGUUGGGAUAAUAUAACAAAUAUUUUGAAAACGGAAACAUUCAAAUUAUUGGAUAAAGCACGUCAAAUUAAACAAACUGGUACUACUGGUGCCUAUACCCAACAAUUUACACAGAUCGAAUUGAAUUUGGAUGAAAUAAACAAAAUUCUUGAAGGACAAAAUAUUAAUAAAUUUGAUUUGGAACGUGUACAACAUAUGAUUGAAGAAGCUAAAUCUAAUCUAGCUAAUCUGCAAGAAGCCCUAAACAAUCACGAACGACAACUUGAAGAUACUAAAACAAAUAUAAUCAAUGUUAAUUUCAAAUUAAAUGCAUUGGCAAAUAAAUCAAUGGAUUUAGAAUUGGAAGCAAAUCAAUUGAAAAAUGAAACAUUCGCCCUACAAGAAGCUAAUGUUGAAGGUGCAUAUAAUAUGACUAAGGAUGCACAACGUCGUAGUCGUGCAUCAAGAAAUUUGGUCGAAGAAUCAAGUAAUAUUCUAACGGAUUCACAAACAAUUCGUCGUAAUACUGAACAAUUGAUUGAUCAACCAAAAGGACAACAUAAUCUUACCUAUCAAGAAAAUGAUCGAAUACUACGUAAUAUUCAACAGGAAAUAUUAGAAAUGGAAACUGGCCUGCCAAAUAUUAAUAAUCUGGUGUGCGAUGGAUUUUCUACUAUUGAUCAAUGUGACAAUCUUUGUGGUGGUGCUGGUUGUGGCCGUUGUGGUGGUAUUAGUUGUACACAUGGUGCAACUACAAAAGCAUCAACUGCUGUUGAGUUGGCUAAAAAAGCGGAAAAAGAUUUACAGGAUAAGGAUCGUCAUGUGAAAGAUGAACUUCGUCGUAUUAAAGAAGCACGUGAAAAAUCCGAUGAAGCAUUGGAUGAAGCAAAAGCUGCAUUCGAACGGAUAAUGUUGGCUAAAAAUACUUCCACCAAUACGGCUAUAGAAGUAAACAAUCUGUUGGAUCAGAUAAAUAAAUUUCUUAGCGAUGAUGUAGCGCAAGCUAAAGAUGUUCGUGAAAUUGCUGAAAAAUGUCGUCAGAAUACAAUUUCAUUGGAUGAAAAUGAAAUACGUUUACUUGCAUUGGAAAUUAAUAAAACUAUUGCCGGAUUGAAAGAUAUCGAUCGUAUCCUAUCGGAAACUCGUGAUUCGCUUGAAAAAGCUGAACAUCUUAAAAUAAAAGCCGAUCAGGUUAAGAAAAAAGCCAAUGAUAUUCUGUCGUUAGCGGAAUCAGUAAAAAAAGAAUUGGAAAAAGCAUUGGAUGCACAACGUAAAGCAAAAAACUCAAUUGAUAUGGCCAAUAAAUCAAUCAUCGGUAUUGAACAGGAUCUAAAAGAGGUAACCAGCAAAGCUGACGAAGCCAAAGGUAAAACCGAAGAAGCGAAAGGCAAAAUUGUCGAUCUAAAUGAUCGAUUAAAUAAUUUGACAAAGAAAUUCACUGGAAAUAAAUUCAAUAUCGAAAAUGCAGAAAAAGAAGCAAUGGCUGCUUCAAGCAGUGCUGAAGAUGCAAAUAAGUAUGUUGUGGAUCUGGAACGUAAAUAUCGUUUAGCAGCCCAAAAAUUGGAUCAAAAAUCUAAAGUUAGUGAUGAUCUAAAGAAACGUGCUAAAGCUUUAAAAGAUAAUGCAUCAACAUUGUUGAAUAAUGUAUCAGUAAAAUUAAAAUCAAUCGAAGAUUUUGAAUCCGAUAUCGCUAAUAAUGAUCAAAAAUUGGAUGAUCUACGACGCAAAAUUGAAGAAUUGGAUAAUGAAAUGAAAAAUCAUCUGGAAAAUAUUGAACGACAAUCGAAAUUCUAUCGUGACUGUCAAGCCUAGAUGAUCGAGCUUAGAUAACGACAAAAAUUCAACUUUUUGACCAAAAAAACAAA